UGUAGAUGCAAGUGUAAAUGAUGUUGAAGGUGUUUGUAGUAAGGGAAAGUUGUUUGAUAGUCAAGGCACUGAGGAUAGUAUCACUGUGUCUGCUUUGGAGAUUAUAAAUGAAAAGAUUGAUGCCUAUGAGGGAAGCAUUAAAAAGGAUAAGUCUUUAAAUAAAUUAGAGGCAACAAAUGCUGAUGUUUUAUCUACCUAUGGGUUGGACAAGACUGAUGUUGUUGGUGUUGAGAAGAAGCAUGGUUCUCAAGAAAGCUUUUCUGUAUCUACCAUGGAGGUUGUUAAUGAUCAUUUGGUUUCCUAUGAAGACAGUUUGAAAAAGGGAAAGUCUAUAAAAUUGGAGGAAGAAACUCCUACAGUUGGAAAUAGAGAGAGGAAACCUAGUUCUGUAUACAACAGUCCGUAUGCCACAGAUUUUGGUUCAGGUAGUAUUGGUAAACCAAAAGGUGGACGUCCUGGAUCAUGUGCUUUUGGAUUUGGCUUUUUCAAUGUGAUUGAUGAUGUGCAAGCUAAAUCUUUUGAUCAGUGGUUUAAGAUUGGGUUUAAUGAUAAAAACAAAGUGAAGAAGUUUAAAGAAUGUCAUAGGAAGCUUAAGGUUCCAUUGGAUUUUGUGGUUUGUCAAAUUGAUGAUAAGAUGUGGUUCUAUGAUUUGCUUACUGUUGGGAAGAACUUGUCAUGCUCGCAUAUUGAUGUUUGUUUCUACUAUUUGAGAAAGAAGUUAAAGUAUGACCAGUCUGUGAAAAUUUCUGGUAAUACUACUGAUUGCUUCUUUGCUUCUCAAAUUUUUGAAUUAUAUAAUGAGUUUGUUGCAAGUGGUGAAAAUGUUGAUUCGAUUAAGAAGGAUUCUAAGGCAGCUGCAUACAUAGCGGGUUUUUAUAUGUUAUGCAAUAAACCCUGGGCUGAGCUUGAUUUCGUACUAAUGCCUGUUAACGUGAUUGUUCUUGCUCAUUGGAUAUUGUGUAUUCUUGACAUUAAGAUGAGAUGCUUAAAAGUGUUGAAUUCUAUGAGGUUUGGGAGGUACAAGAACAACUCAGAGAGUUUUGUUCGUGCAUUUGCUGUAAUAAUUCCUAUCUUACUGUCACAUGUUAAUUUCUAUGAGGGGAGAAAAGAUAUUGACAGGAGUAGUAAGCACUGGCAAGGUAAAAAAGAUACUGAUGCGUUUGAUAUUGUCGUGGUUGAUAAUUUGCCACAACAAGACGAUAGGUAACUAUCUUUGUUUUUUUUUAUAUUUAUGAUUCUAUGUUAUUGUUUAUUUUUUGUUAUCUGACAAUUGCUAUGGGUUUAUUUUUGUGAUGUAGUGAUUGUGGUGUUUUUAUCAUAAAGUAUGCUCAUUUCUUUAUGCAUGGAUUGAUUGAUAAGAUUCCUAAGAAGUUGGACAUUGCAUUCACUCGUAAGAAGUUGUGUGUUGAUCUGUUUGUUCAUGCAAAGAAGAAGGAGUUGGGUGGGUACGAGUCUACUUCGGAGCAUCCAGGAAGGAUGCCAUAGUUUUAUGUAAUAGAACAACAUGUUGGAAACCUAGUUUACAUUUUUUUGAACUUUAUGUGUAUUUUUAUGUCAUGUUGUUUUGUUUUUAGGUUUAUGUUUGUGUUUGUUUAAGAAACUGUUUGGAACAGUAAUAUUUUAGGAGACUCUUGCCUAUUUUAAUUUUGAAGUAACCUUUUGGUUUACUGGCACA